GGCAAAUGCCAUAUGAUUGCACUGCCUUCUGAAAAGAUAAAGAAGAAGUACUUGAAUUUGGAGAUCUCUAUACAAGUUCAACAUCUACAUACAGAUCUGGGUCCUAUUGGUCUCUUUUAGAUCAUCUUGUGUGGUUACAUGAUUAUUUAGUAGCCAUGGUUCCUCCCUAGCAAACCUUCAAGCUACUCACUUACCUUCUUGCCCUACUUCUUCAAACGACUGAGCCAAAAAGUAUAAAUUCCGUUAUAAAUAGGUUUACAAAUUUGAUCAUCAAAAGCAUCUCACAUCUCAUCUUUUGAAAGGCCACUGUCAUGACUCCAUUGGUCUUCCAUCGUGCCGAAGCCAUCGAUGUCACUCAAAUACCGAACUCAGUUCUUGCGGUAAUUGGAAUCAUUCCUCCUCCAGCAGGAGUGACUUCUAACUUUGCAAAUCCGGUCAAUAUACGUCCUAUUCUGUGGGUGUUCUGUGGUAUCGGUUUUGGCAUAAUAGCAAUUUGCAUUUUCGUAAGAAUAUGGGUAAUCUUUAAAUUAGUACAUCCUAUUAAGUGGGCUUGGAGCGACAUUAUCUUUACAUUCGCUGUUCUGACUACCGUUGGUAGCUUUGUCAGUAUCUUGAUUGGGGCGACCGGUUUUGGUCAGACCGGCAUUCAUUCAUGGGAUGCCUCAGUAUACAAAUCGAUAUCUUUCCGCAGUCGUGCAUCGAUAGCUCUAGGUAUCCUACUACCUCCUAUAUCUAUUGGUUUAAUCAAAAUCACCAUAUUCUUAAUGUACCUCGAAGUGUUUAACCCCCUCAAACUAAUCCGGACAAUGUGUUAUAUUGGUAUAACGAUGGUCACUUUGUUUUACACCGUUAUUACCAUCCUCGAUGCUAUCUGGGGAUUUCCACUCUCAAGAUAUUAUGUUGCAUCCAACACUCAGAAAGUGCAGACUCUUAACCUACCGAAGGGGAUUUUCGGUCUAAUAACUGACGUAUUUCUAUUCCUGGUUCCGAUGGUGGCAGUGAGCAGACUGAAAUCGAUGACGAUGCGGAAGAAAAUGGGCAUCUUAUUGAUCUUUAGUACAGGCUUCUUAGCAGUUCUAUCCGCAGGCAUGAACAUCUAUUGGCGAGUUUAUGUUAAUGUUCAUCCUGAUCAUUUUUGGUAUAUUACAGCAAUAUGGAUAGUUACCAUCACUGAACACGCCAUUGGUCUCAUCAUCACAGGCAUACCACAUUUCGCAAGGCUUUUCCGAAACUACGGUUCAAAAACAAAAUUUUAUUUAGGAUGCAGAGUUGCAAGAAAAGAGAAGGAAACAAAAGAUCCUGUGAAGAGAAGUGAGGAAUUGACAGAAAGCGAUCCGUCAGAAGAGAGAAAGUCUAGAAAAUUAUAUCCUGGUCUUGAUGUUACGACUGUAGGAGGGACCAUGGGAACUGUAAUUAGCAAGACAUAUCAGGAGACUCGAACUGAACAAGACUCAAAAGGACAACACCCUGCAGCGCAGUACCCGGCAGACACUCAUUGGGCAGAACGACAGAGAGAUAUACAAGAUAGGUUCUUUGAUGAGUAAGACAAAGAUCUCUGCUACUGGUUCUGCAGAAGUGUACAAAUUAACGCUCCGUCGGAGAGACACUUUGAAUUAUUUUUUCCUUCAACUGCGUUAAUAAUGCAACCUUUCUUGACAAUCAGAGUAAUCGA